AUGGAAGGGGAGAAAACACCAAACUCAACCGCUACUUCCAUAGAAUCGGCUGAAAAACAUACGAAUGCUAGUGAACAGCUUGAUCCUAAAGCUGAGCAGCGAUUGCUAUGGAAAUUUGACCUCCACAUUGUCCCUAUCCUAUUUAUUGUGUAUUUCUGUGCCUUCAUGGACAGAAUCAAUGUCGGCAAAGCCUUGAUCGAAGGCCUCAUAGAGGAAUUGAAUAUGAAUAUCACUAGUGAUAUUCGCCUUGCCCUGCUGAUCUUCUUCGUUCCAUAUAUCAUUUUGGAAGUUCCUAGCAACAUUCUUCUUAAGCGAGUUGCUCCCUCGACUUGGAUUACUAUUCUCACUUUUUUCUUCGGUCUUGUGACUGUGUGUCAAGGAUUCGUGAAAUGCCCGAAGGGGCUCACCGUUUGCCGAUUUCUCUUGGGUGUUUUUGAAGCUGGCCUUCUCCCAGGAUUCAGCUAUCUUAUGAGUACGUACUACAAGAGGCACGAAUUCCAGAAAAGAUUCGCUGUUCUUUUUACGUCUGGAAUGGUUGCAGGUGCUGUCGGGGGACUUCUAGCGUUUUCAUUCGCCAAAUUCGAUGGUGUGGGAGGAUACUCAGGAUGGCGAUGCAUAUUCAUUGUUGAAGGCCUUAUGACGAUUUCACUGAGCUUUCUUACGAAGUUCCUCAUCGUGGAUUGGCCUUCUAAAGCAUCGUUUCUCUCGGAAGAGGAGCGAGUCAUGGUUGCAGCACGCUUAAAGGAGGAUAUGGGUUCCGCAAAAAUGGACAAGCUUAACCGAGAAUCUUUGCAAAUCAUUGUCAAGGACUGGAAAAUAUAUAUGGGGGCGUUCAUAUACUUCACCAUCAAUACCUCUAGGUAUUCGACAGCUCUCUUCAACCCUACUAUUUUAAAUCCGUUUGGGUAUGACGCCUCACAAUCACAAGUCCAUAGUAUACCUAUUUGGGUGGCAUCCGCGGCCGCGACCAUUCUUGUAGGCUACCUCAGCGACAGAAUGCGCCAUCGCUGUGGUUUCAUUUUGUUUGGCUGUCUGUUCGCUAGCAUUGGAUAUAUACUGCUGCUCUGCCAACAAGACGUAUCCAUAAGAGUCAAACACAUGGCACUCUUCAUCGUCAAUAUUGGUGUAUACGUCGCUCAACCUGUUGUCGUCGUAUGGGUCUCUAACAACUUAGCCGGUCACUACAAACGUGCAUUCGGGAUCGCUUUCCAAAUUUCUGUUGGUAAUAUUGGUGGUCUCGUGGCCAGUAAUAUGUUCGCCCCGAAUGCUGCGCCUCUCUUCAAAGCAGGAUAUGGGAGCGCUCUGGCUUUGAUAUUUGUGUGUGCUCUCUUGUCUACGGUAUUUAUGCUUGGACUGGAGCGAGAAAAUAAGAAGCGGGACUCUGGAUGCCGAGAUUAUCGGUUCAAUUUAAAUAUGUCGAGACGAGUUGGAGAACCUCGGGGAUGA